AUGAAGAGGAGCCCCAAGAUACUGAUGACUAAGCCAAUCAAGAUGCAAGACAACGCAAGUUUUGAGGAAAAACCAAUUGAAGAGCUCAGCAUACUCAUUAAUAGCCUCUACGUUGGUGAACUUGUGCGAGACAUUGCAAGCGAAGAAAUUGUGAAAUACAGUAUUGAUGAUUGGAUCGAGGGUUUCAGUCCUGGAGGAGAGAAGCCACACUACUGCUUUGAUUGCGGUAAGAGCUUUAGAAAAGUGAGGGAUCUUAUAAGACACCAGAGAUCACAUACUGGAGAGAAGCCUCACCACUGCCCUGUUUGCGACAGAAGUUUUGCUAAAUUAGAUAAGCUUAAAUUACACAAAAAAAUGCAUAUGAAAGAGAAACAUGUCACACAGACGGAAGAAACUAAACUGAAGGUAAACCGUGUGCACACACAGCAAAGAACUGCCAGCAGAGGCAGGCAGAAGACUAAAAUGCGUGCAGAAACACCAAGAAAAAUAGUCCAGUCACAGCCAGGAAAAGAAUUGUCUUGCAAAAGUUCAAUUAGAAAGAAUCAACACUCAGAAAAACUGCAACAAACCCAAACAAUGCAGGAGAAUGAAGAGGAUCCUGAAGGUACUUCUGAUAACUGGACAGAGAGUUUCAGAACUGUAGAGAAGCCAUACAUCUGCUCCGACUGUGGUAAGAGCUUCAAACAAGCGAAUCGUCUUAUAAGACAUCAGCGAACACAUACAGGAGAGAAGCCUUACAACUGCCCUGACUGUGACAAAAGUUUUGCUCGAUUAGAUAAUCUUAAAUUACACCAAAAAACACAUAUGAAGGAGGAAUGUAAUUUCCGCUGCUCUGACUGUGUGAAAAGCUUUGUCCGACUGAAGCAGCUUGAAAAACAUCAGCUAACACACAAGAAAAGUUUUGAAAGACACAGGAUACAUUUAAGCAAAAGAAAACAAUUUCUCUGCACAAUUUGCGGGAAGGAGUGUCGCAACAUGAAAAUACACAUGCGAAUACACACUGGAGAGACACCGUAUCACUGCACUGAGUGUGGGAAGAGUUUUCCAUAUACAAAAUCAUACCAAAGACAUAUACUAACACAUAAUACCUCUGGAGAAAGAGCAACCUAUCCUUGUUUUGAAUGUGGAAAGUGUUUUACUCGCAGAGAUGGCAUGUUGAGACACGUGAGGAGGAUUCAUACUGGAGAGAGAAAUCAUCAGUGCAAAGACUGUGGAAAGCAAUUCUUUCGAAAAGAGACGCUGAAGAGACACAUGCUAGUUCACACUGGAGAGAAACCAUACCAAUGCUCUGUCUGUGGGCAACGCUUCACCCAAGAUGGAGACAGAAAACGCCAUGAGAAGAGGCACUACUCUGGUGUCUCAAAUUUCCUUGAUUUAUAAUGCAGAAGUGGUGGAGGUACAGUAGCCUAGUGGUUAAGAGCAUUGGGCCAGUAACCGAAAGGUUGCUGGUUCAAAUCCCCAAACUUGCUAGGUGAAGAAUCUGUCGGUGCCCUUGAGUAAGGCACUUAAUCCUAAUGGUUCCUGUAAGUCGCCUUGAAUAAGAUGUCAUGUAAAUUGUGUUUGGCAUUGCAGGAAGUGGGAACCUACCUAAUCACUGUGACUUGAUAAUCUAAUAAUCUGUUAACUACAAUGUUGGUGGCCUGGAAUUGGCACCACAGACUGUUGAAGACACUCAGAUGGACUGUGUAUUACUGUCAUCAUAGCAGUAUUUAUUUUUUCAAAAUCAAGGGUUGUAACCAGUUCAGGGAACCGGACUUAAAACAUGGAAAAUAACUACAUUAUUUGAGUAACACUAACUGAAAACGAAAGUGAUCUAUACUGUUCCGGAACAGAACCAUUAUUUUAAAAGCAUGGGAACCAGUUAAUAACAUUAUUUAAAGUUUUCCAGUCCCACAAAAUACGCAAACAAAGCCCAUAUGCAAAGCCCUCUGUCACUCAAACUUAUUCCAGCGCCUGCCUGCCAGUUGGAAGUCUUUGCCAGUGAGUGUGUGUGUUUUGGAGACCUGCCCCUCCCCUCUGAAGCAUAGGUUACUGUAGACUACUGAUGACGUAACAAGUGUAAUUAAAAAAAAUAGCUGUUUAAUAAAACAAUGGAUUGAUUUAUACAAUUGGUCGGAACAGUGGAGAAAAAAAGUAAUGUUCAGAGCGAAAUGAUUGGAAAAUAAUUUCAGUUCCGACCCAUGUUUUUAAAUAUAUAUAUGCAUAUAUAUAUAUAUGUAUAUCUAUAUGUGUGUGUUCAAAUACCAAUUAAAACAAUCUGUUC